UACCCCGGAGGAUGAAGUACAAGUCAUCCGGAGAGGAUGCUUUGUAUCCAUUAAAAUAAUCAGAAGCCUUAGAACUGACUGGUAGUGACUCUGAGCAAGAGUUGUCAGAGUCGGAGGAGGAGGAAUUAGAGGAAGAGGCAGCCAGAUAUGAGGAAGAAAGAUAUGGGCCUAGGUGGAGAGCCACUGUGAAGAAACCGAAAGUUAUUAAUGCCUCAGUGGCCUCCACUCCCCCACCUUAUAUAGAGGGGAAGUGUGAGUACUCUUUCUGUCCACCUGAAACACAGCGAGCACUUAGGCAAAUGUUUCCUGUGUUUGAGGACGAUGGCGUUCGUUCUCAUCAGCCCCUAGAGCACAAGCAAGUUAAGGAACUGGCAGAGUCUGUUCGUGCCUAUGGGGUUACUGCUAAUUUUACCAUGUCACAGGUAGAAAGACUAGCAAGCAUUGCCAUGACUCCAGCAGACUGGCAAUCUGUGACAAAGGCCUGUCUCCUUAGCAUGGGACAGUAUAUUGAGUGGAAGGCAUUGUGGCACGAUGCUUGCCAAGCACAAGCACGUGCAAAUGCAGCAGCAGGACAACCUGCCUGGACAUUUGACAUGUUAACUGGACAAGGGCAAUGGGCCAAUAAUCAAACUGCCUUCCCCUUGGAGGUAUAUGCCCAGAUUGCUAUUAGUGCUGUCAAGGCAUGGAAAGCUCUAACUAACAGAGGAGAGGUGUCCGGGAACCUGACCAAGGUCAUCCAAGGACCAAGUGAGCCUUUCUCAGAUUUUGUGGCCCGCAUGAUGGAGGCUGCUGGUAGGAUUUUUGGAGACCAAGACCAGGCCAUGCCCUUAAUAGAACAGUUAGUUUUUGAACAAUGUACCAAAGAAUGCCGCAAUGCAAUCCUUCCCUGGAAAUCUAAGGGGCUGCAGGCUUGGCUGAAAGCCUGUAGGGAAAUAGGAGGACCACUUACCAAUACUGGUCUAGCUGCGGCUAUAUUACAAGGACAAAGGCGGCCUGGCCUCUCUAGCAGAGGCAUCACGUGUUUCCAAUGUGGAAAGCCCGGUCAUAUGAAAAGGGAGUGCAGGAAUCAGAAUCCUGGCUUUAAUCCAAAGAAAGCCCCAGGAUUGUGUCCAAAGUGUAAGAAAGGGAAACAUUGGGCCAAUGAGUGCAGGUCAGUAAAGGACAUAACAGGGAAACCCUUGGAUAUGUCAAAAAACGUCCAACGGGGCCCCCGUCCUCAGGGCCCUCAAAUAUAUGGGGCAACCAGCUCCCCAGUAACCUGGGCUCAUCAAACUUCCCCAGGAGAGCCACUCCGGGUUCCGCAGGAUUAGACCUCCGUGCCACCUCCAGAAUCGUCCUAACCCAUCAAAUGGGGGUGCAGCCUAUCCCCUCUGACUUUCAUGGCCCUUUACCACCCAAUACAGUUGGGCUGCUUUUAGGACGCUCCUCUACUACUCUUAAAGGAUUGGUGGUACAUCCUGGGGUUAUUGAUCAAGAUUAUGAGGGCCAGUUGAAGAUCAUGUGCUCCUCCCCACGAGGUCUCUUCUCCAUUUCCCCAGGUGACCAGAUUGCACAAUUGCUUGUUUUACCCAGUUAUCACGCCCGGUUUAAAUCGGAAAGUACAAAAAGAGGAAAGAAGGGUUUCGGCUCUACGGGCACUGAUUCAGCAUAUCUUAUGGUCGAUUUACACGCUCGACCUACUCUGAUCCUAACCAUUGAAGGAAAGACAUUUGAGGGAAUUCUAGAUACAGGGGCAGACAAAAGCAUUAUCUCCACUAAAUGGUGGCCUACAAAAUGGCCCAUUACUCAAUCUUCCCAUUCAUUACAAGGUUUAGGUUAUGAAGCUAGUCCAACUAUUAGCUCUAGGCCCUUAAAGUGGAAAGCCCCAGAAGGACAGGAGGGUAGUUUCAUCCCAUAUGUUCUUCCUUUACCUGUCAACUUAUGGGGAAGAGAUAUUUUGGCUGAGUUAGGGCUUAAACUUAUGAAUGAGAAUUCCCUACCAGCACAGAGAAUGGUAAGGGAUAUGGGGUAUGUCCCAGGAAAAGGCAUUGGUAAGCAUCACCAAGGAACUACAGAGCCAAUUCAACCCACUGCAAAACCUGAUCGUCACGAUCUGGGUUUUUCUUAGGGGCCAUUGAGGGGGUUAUGCCCAUACCGUGGAUAACAUAGGAAGCUGUAUGGGUUCCUCAAUGGCCUCUCUCCUCUGAAAAGCUGGAGGCCGCUCACCAAUUAGUAAAGGAACAGUUGCAAUUAGGACAUUUGGAACCUUCAAGCUCACCCUGGAAUACUCCAAUAUUUGUUAUAAAAAAGAAGUCAGGAAAAUGGAGACUAUUGCAUGAUCUUAGAGCAAUUAAUACACAAAUGAAAUUGUAUGGAUCAGUCCAACGCGGUCUUCCGCUUCUUUCUGCCUUGCCAAAGCAAUGGGAGGUUAUUAUAAUAGAUAUUAAGGAUUGCUUUUUCUCUAUUCCUUUACAUCCUAAGGAUAAAGAGAGGUUUGCCUUUACUCUGCCUGCAAUAAAUCAUGUGGAGCCUGAUGAGCGCUAUCAAUGGAAAGUCUUGCCCCAGGGGAUGGCAAACAGCCCCACUAUAUGUCAGUUAUAUGUACAACAGGCCCUGACUCCUGUCAGAGGGCAAUAUCCAUCACUAACGAUUCUUCAUUACAUGGAUGAUAUACUCCUUUGUGGAUCCAAACCUGAAGAGCUUGAGAUAGCAUAUGCUGACUUAAUUAAACAUUUCCAACAGUUUGGGCUAACUAUAGCUACUGAAAAGGUUCAGAGAUCGCUGAUGGGCAAGUUUUUAGGAGCCGUUGUACAUCCAGAAGUUAUUACUCCACAAAAAAAUUGAAAUCAGGCGAGAUCACCUACAAACCUUAAAUGAUUUUCAAAAACUUUUGGGAGAUGUUAAUUGGCUACGGCCAUUCCUGAAAAUAUCUACUGCUGAGUUAAAACCUUUGUUUGAUAUAUUGGAAGGGGAUCCGCAAUUAACAUCCCCGCGAUCCCUGUCUAUGGAGGCUGUAGAGGCCCUCCAAAAGGUGGAGAAGACUCUUUCUGAGGCUCAAUUAGUAAGGAUACAACCUGAUGAACCUUUUGAGCUAUGUGUUUUGCAAACUGCUAAAUUACCCACUGCGGUGUUAUGGCAGAAUGGCCCCUUACUUUGGAUUCACCCACAAGCCUCUCCGGCUAAAACCAUAGAGUGGUACCCCUCAGCGGUGGCAAGAUUGGCUAUGAGAGGACUAAAAGUAGCUGUAACUCAUUUUGGUAAACAUCCAAUAAAAAUUGUUAUACCCUAUACUGCAGAACAGCUCCAAGUGCUGGCUGCUACAAAUGAUGACUGGGCAAUACUUGUGUGCAUCUUUUCAGGGGUGUUUGAUAAUCACUACCCCAGGCACCCCAUUUUGACCUUUGCAAAAUGUCAUCCCCUUGUGUUUCCCCGGGUUACCAGCAUGGAACCCCUUCAGGCAGGGGAUAUUGUUUAUAUGGAUGGAUCGAAAACUGGUUUGGGUACUUAUGUGCAUGACGGUAAAGUGGUAACUAAGCAAUUUACCCCUAAUUCCCCUCAAUUAGUUGAGUGUCAGAUUGUAUUGGAAGUGCUCCGAGUGUUCCCUAGUCCAUUAAAUAUUGUUUCAGAUUCCUCCUAUGUGGUUAAUUCAGUUAAAUCUUUAGAAGUUGCGGGAAUGAUUAGAACCACUAGUACAGUGGCUUCUAUGUUUCUGGAGAUCCAACAGGAGUUACUAUCUCGGCAUUCCCCUUUUUUCAUCACCCAUAUAAGGGCUCAUUCAGGGUUGCCUGGCCCAAUGUCUCAUGGGAAUAACCUGGCCGAUUUGGCUACUAGAGCCACUACGUUUGCUGUGCUGACUCCUGUGGAAGCUGCCACCCAGUUCCAUUCCUAUUUCAUGUUACUGCUGAGACCUUACGCAGACGUUUUCCUAUAUCUAGAGCAGAGGCCAGAAAAAUAGUGCUUUGCUGCGGUAAUUGCAGUGCGUUUAUUACCACCCCACAUGUGGGCAUUAAUCCCCGUGGCCUUCGACCCCUGCAGGUUUGGCAGAUGGAUGUUACCCAUGUCCCCGCCUUUGGAAAAUUAAAGUAUGUGCAUGUUUCCAUCGAUACAUGCUCCGGGGUCAUAGUUGCUUCUCCCUUGUCUGGGGAAAAGGCCUCUCAUGUCAUUGCCCACUGUCUUGAGGCUUGGAGUGCUUGGGGUCUUCCUAGGCUGCUCAAGACCGACAAUGGCCCUGCUUAUACUUCAGAAAAGUUUAAACAUUUCUGCAAUCAGAUGGGUGUUGCACACCUGACAGGACUUCCUUAUAAUCCUCAAGGCCAAGGAAUCAUUGAACGUGCCCAUCGCACAUUAAAGGCUUAUUUAAAUAAACAAAAAGGGGGAAUUGGUGAGGUGCCGCCAACCCCCAAGGUUGCCAUCUCCACUGCACUUCUUACUUUAAAUUUCUUAAAUUUAGACGCCCAUGACUAUUUGGCGGCAGAACGCCAUGGGCAUUGGCCUAUUCCACCCAAGGAUCAGGUGAAGUGGAAGGAUGUACUCACUGGAGAAUGGAAAGGCCCGGAUCCUAUUCUAAUACGAUCCAGGGGAGCGAUUUGUGUUUUUCUGCAGAAUCAAGAAAAUCCAAUUUGGGUACCUGAGCGUUUGACUCGAAAAUUGCCUUCUGCUCUUCCUAAAGAUGAGACUACGAACCCUACUAUUACUACUGGGAAUGGUAAUACAGGUUAAUUCGCUCACCCUGUGGGCUAUUGCCAGAUCCUGGCCAGUACCCAUGCCAGUUCAUAGCAAUUCUACUGUUUUGAGAAUAAGACUGACAAGCAUAAUCUCUGGCCUUGGUUUCAGUGGGUGCUGUCCAAUGAGCAAGGGGCAUAUACAUCCCUGACCCCCUUUGCUAGGUUGAUGGGAGAGAACUUCGUGCUGUAUAAUGUUUUAGCUACCAGAAAAAGGUGAUACCAGGUUGAUCAAUAUUCAAUAUAAUAACCUCUUGGUAAAUAAUACUGCCACUAGUACUUCAGUAUGUGCUAGAUCACCUUUUUUUCUGAUAAGCACUAAUGUAAGCAGUGGUGCUUUAAAUUGUAAUAGCUCUGAUGUAGUCUGCUAUUUAGCUGAAUGCUGGGAUGGCACCAAUGACACCGCAGUGAUGGUUAAGAUUCCCUCCUUUGUGCCAAUCCCAGUGGAGGCAAACCCAGAUAGCUUUCCUAUUCUUAAUUUGCUGAGAGCCAAAAGAGAUUUUGGAAUUAUGGCAGCCAUAAUUUCAGCCAUUGUGCUGUCUGCUGCCGCAGCUACCACAGCUGCAAUCGCUAUGACCAAUCAAAUACAGAUGGCUGAGACUGUCAAUCAGAACUGCAGUGGCGUUAGAGAUACAAGAAGAAUUUAAUACCCAUUUGGCAUCUGGCCUUCUAUUAGCCAAUCAAAGGAUAGAUUUAGUUCAAGAACAAUUGAAGCACUGUAUCGUAUGACACAGCUGUCUUGUGUUUCCUCCCUUAGAGGUUUAUGCAUUAUUCUUUUGCGAGCUAACUUUUCUCAGAAUUUUCAACAGAGCAAAGAAAUCUCGAAUUAUCUGAAAGGAAACUGGUCCAUGAAAGCAGAGCAACUAUCAAGACAAUUGCUGAUGCAGAUUGCUGUCGUCAACAGCACUAGGCUGGACCCUAUCACAGUUGAAGACUUUACCUCAUGGGUUACCAAUGCUUUCUCCCUUUUUAAGGAGUGGGCAGGCAUGUUUGUCCCGGGGAGCUAUUGUCCUCCUGGGUUGCGGAGUAGGUCUCUGGCUUAUUGGCUGUUUAAAAAAGAGAACAUGCCAGACACAAAGUGGUUGUUUACCAGGCUAUGACCACCAUUAAAAAGGGUACUUCUCCCAACAUAUGGCUGGCCUCUUUGAAAGAUCAAGAGUUCGCCCUAGAUCAUUUUUGUCACAGUCAUGUGGAGUCAUUGUAUCCAGGGACGGGCAACUUUCCUCGAACUCGGACCAACCUAAGACACGGGGCCCGGUGGCGAUAGGGUAACUCUAUGACGGGUAAGGCCGAGUUUGGAUGAGAACGACCUAAGACAGGAGCAAUGACAAGAUUGACGUGACACCCAGAUCUAGACCAGUCAUUUUAUUAGACAAAAAAGGGGGAGAUGUAGAGAGCGGCGCGGUGAAACAAAGAUGGCGCCGACAUCCAGCCUUGUCUGGAUAUAAACGACUUACUGCGCAUGUGCAGGCUUGUCCCCUUGCUAGGGCUCCCUCUAGUGGUGAACAGCGGUACUGCACAUGUGCGGUUUAUUCACCAGGUGUUAGUUGACCGUUAAUAUGCUAAUGAGGUGAUUCAUUCUCCGCCAAUCCCUGGAGGACAAGUAGUGGGGUGAUCCAAGCCCCACCAAUCCCUGAGAGAUAAUUAGCAUACUGCUGUCUAUAUAAGCCGAGCGAUUUUGCUGCUCGGGGUCCCUGUUCAGAAGAGCUGUAACACUGAGAAGAGCUGUAACACUAAGAAGAGCUGUAACACUGAGAAGAGCUGUAACACUGAGAAGAGCUGUAACACUAAGAAGAGCUGUAACACAGUACACUGGACAAAUGAGAUGGCAGAAGAAACAUGGAGCCCAACCACAGAGUGAAUUAGAAACUGGAUAGGUCUAAUAGAAUUGGAAUAUUGACUGUCCCCUGGUGAGCUGAAGGAUGUUCUGGCCAUUUUCAGCUGAAGAAGCCCAUAUUUGGAGUACCACUUCUGGACCUUCUUCACAGGCAAUUCCAUCUUUUGUAAGCCUAACACUGUGGUAGGCACCUGCAAAGGGAACCUGCUGUUCAAAUUUCCAGCUAACAGGAAAAAGCCUCAUCAAGUCAAAAAGCUAUUGAGAAGCCAUUCUAAAGGCACCAUCCUAACUGUGUCUGUAGAGAAUGUUGCCUUGGGGAUUUUACUCUGGGAUAUGUUCCAGAAGUGAAAGCUGAUUUUCAGGCUGGUUCUAGCAUCCAGGCAAGUUUGUGUACUUGCAUCUGGCCCAUCAUCAGUGAUUCAAUAGGAACUGACCUGUGCAUGCAACUAUAUUGUUCCUAAGCAACCUCUUGAAUAAAAAAAGCAGCAGUA